UGUGGGCGGCAUCGGCUUCCGGCCCCGGGCCUCUCUCACCGGGGCGACGGUGUGUUUCAGAUCGGGAAGCUGCGCAGCGAGCUGGAGAUGGUGAGUGGGAACGUGAGGGUGAUGUCGGAGAUGCUGACGGAGCUGGUGCCCACCCAGGCAGAGCCCGCAGACCUGGAGCUGCUACAGGAGCUCAACCGGACGUGCCGAGCCAUGCAGCAGCGGGUCCUGGAGCUCAUCCCCCGGAUCGCCAACGAGCAGCUGACGGAGGAGCUGCUCAUCGUCAACGACAAUCUCAACAACGUGUUCCUGCGCCACGAACGGUUCGAGCGGUUCCGGACUGGCCAGACUGCCAAGGCCCCCAGUGAGGCCGAGGCGGCAGCUGACCUCAUCGACAUGGGCGCUGACCCAGCAGCCACUGGCGGCCUCUCGUCCCAGCUGGCAGGAAUGAACCUGGGCUCCAGCAGCGUGAGGGCUGGCCUGCAGUCUCUGGAGACCUCCGGCCGCCUGGAGGACGAGUUUGACAUGUUUGCCCUAACACGGGGCAGCUCGCUGGCCGACCAACGGAAAGAGGUGAAAUACGAAGACCCCCAAGCUACGGACGGCCUGGCUGGAGCCCUGGACGCCCGGCAGCAGAGCACCGGAGCGAUGGGAGGCGGCAGUGAGAAGAGCCUCGGGGACUGGAUGAUCCCCGUCACCCAGGCCUGCCUCAUGGAGGACAUCGAGCAGUGGCUGUCCACUGAUGUGGGGAACGACACGGAGGAGUCCAAGGGCGUCACCAGCGAAGAAUUUGACAAGUUCCUGGAAGAACGGGCCCAAAGUGGCUGAUCGGUUGCCCAGCCUCUCCAGCCCCUCAGCUGAAGGGCCCCCCCGGGCCCCGCCCCGGCGCCGCCCCUCGGAAGCAGACCCAGGAGAAGGACGACGACAUGCUGUUUGCCUUGUGAGCAGGCUGGCACCCUGCGCCCGGCCGCUGCUCCCACCCCUGGCUGGGCCUCUCCCUCCCUCGGUGUCAAGGCUGCUUGGGGUGGCGUGUUACCCCUUCUCUCCUCGAGGCUGGGCCAGGUUUGGGGAGUGGGAAGGCAGCCGGUGAACUGGGCGAGCAGGUCAGUUCCUCGUUGGGAUCCUGGCCACUCCUGCCGCCCCCACCCCAGCCGACCACUCUGAUUUUGCUGAGACCUGGAAGCCUGGACAGGCAGGCUGGCUGCUUGGUUGCCCCGGUGACCCUCCUGCCCUGGGUGACCCAUCCCAGAGGAGCCCUCCAGAGCCCACACUGCCAGCCGAGGCCUGACUGGAAGCUAGAAACAGAAGCUUCUGUUGCAACCUCUGGUCCCUUCCCCGGCCCUGCCACGUGGAGCCGAGGCUCUGGCCCGCUGUUGAGGGCGGGGUAUGUGACCCAGCUGCUCGCCGUCCAGGUACGAAGCUGCACUUCGUGGGGCAGAGCGCCCGGCCCUGGCUGCAGGGGAGGGUUCAGGGCGUGCAGCCCCACCAUCUCCUCCACUGCCUUUCCCCUUCCUCUUCCUCUUCCUGCCCGCCGGGGCGUGGGUCCCCCCACCUGUUGGUUGAUCCUCUUGUACUGGGAGAGGGUACCUUUAUGUCCCCAAUUAAAGGUAGAAAACCACCUGCGACAGCGUUCAGG